AAUGCUUACGAAGUAUUGUUAUAAACAUUAAAUAAUUUAGCGUUAAUUUAAUUUUUCAUGAAAUAAAACGUUGGCAACAUUUGCAUUUGUGCACACCCGUGUUUCCAGCACGUGUGAUUGUUUUGUUUUUACAUUUACAAUGGAUCAAGAUAUCCCUGAACUGGUUGAUGAGGAGCACAACGAUGCGUGUGCCAAUGGGGCUAGUGGUAGCGAUGACGAUGAUGAUUUCUACGAAGUUGAUAUGGGAAUGGAAGCAGUCCAAUGUUUAUUUUGUGAAGAGCAAUUACCAUGUGUAGAAAAAGGAUUGGAACAUUUAAAGCAGGGACACAGUGUUGAUUUUCAAAUAUUGAAAAGUAAAUUCCAUAUGGAUCAGUACGCAUUUAUUAAGCUUAUAAAUUGUAUACGUUGCGAGGAAGUACCAGCGAAAAAAGUUUUAGCAGCGGAUAUACCCUUUUGGAAUGAUGAAAAAUACUUAAAAGCGCGAGAGUACGAAGCGUGGCUUAGUUAUGAUUAUGAUGAAAUGCCGAGAGCAGCUGCGAUAGAUAACGAUGGCGCUACUAAAAAUGAUUUAUUAUCAACUAUAAAAUCUUUACAAGAGAAAGUUAAAGAACAAGAACUUUUGCUGGAACAAGCAAGAGAGGAUAUGACCAAAAUGCGUGUAAGUUUUCAACGACUUUUGGACAAUGAACCAACGCCAACAACGAAUGAGCGAAAUAGAAAACUAAAAGCACCCAAUUCAGUAGCAUCCCUUUCGUUGGAAGCCGAUAGUAGUUAUUUCAGUAGCUACGCACAUUUCGGCAUACACCAUGAAAUGUUGUCCGAUGUAGUUCGCACCACAAGUUACCGUGACGCUUUAAUAUUGAAUAAAGAAUAUGUACACGGUAAGGAUGUGCUUGAUGUUGGUUGCGGCACCUCAAUAUUGUCAAUUUUCGCAUCGCAGGCAGGAGCCAAAAGCGUAGUUGGUAUAGAUAAUUCCGAUAUAAUAUAUAGCGCAAUGGAUAUUGUGAAGCGAAAUAAUAUUAACAAUGUAACAUUGGUGAAAGGGCGUUUGGAAGACACUAAUCUUCCACAGGAAAAAUUCGACAUAAUCAUUUCAGAAUGGAUGGGAUAUUUCCUACUAUUUGAAGGCAUGUUGGAUAGUGUCAUUUAUGCGCGUGAUACACAUCUUAAACCGGAUGGUAUUUUGCUGCCUAACCGUUGUACAAUGAGCAUAGUUGGCUAUGGAAGUGAGUCACUCUACAAAGACCAAGUGACAUACUGGGACAAUGUGUACGGUUUAAAUAUGUCAAAUAUGCGUAAAGAGGUACUACAUGAACCACUUAUUGAUGUGGUAGAUGCCGGACAUAUUCUCACUGAAGCAAAUAUUGUAGCCGAUUUGAAUCUACUGAAAGUUGAUUUGAACUAUUCAAACUUCACGUAUUCCUUUGAUCUGAAAUGUAUCAAAAGUGGCGAGUUAUCUGCAUUUGUGGGCUACUUUGACACAUUUUUCGAUCUUCCUGUGCCAGUGAUGUUUAGCACAUCGCCCAACAGUAAACCCACUCAUUGGAAACAAGUUGUAUUCUUUUUAGAGAAAACGCAAAAAAUAGCAGUUGGUGAUACGGUUAAGGGGAUCAUUGUAUGUCGUCGAAGCCGGAAUAGCGCUCGAUCUUUAGACAUAACGAUCGAAUCUUUUGGAAACAAAUGCACCUACUAUUUGGAUUAAUUUUCUAAGCAUCAAUGUUGAAAACAUAUUUAUAAUAUUCCGAAUUAUUGAAAAUAAACUUUGAAUACCAUACAA